GUGUGACGUCGGGAGCCUGAGACUGGCGCGAGGAGAGCGUAACUCUUCACGGCGGCGGUGCUGAUGCGCGCUGCGGCGAGAACUGACAACAGAGAAGAUGCGCGUCUUGCACUUAAAAACAACACGACCGGAGAUCCGCUAAGGCUCUCUCUCUCCCUCUCACUCCACACACACACACACACACACACACUGCUCUGUCAUCCGGACCUGGAGACUAUAUUUAAUUUCAGUAUGCUGGCCAACAGCACAUUCCCGGACCUGGAAGAUGACUUGUUCUUCAAUUCAUCCGGCAACGAAACGCACGGUGAAGCUCACAGCAGCGCGAUCCUUAUCUCCUUUAUCUACUCUGUCGUGUGUCUGCUCGGACUGUGUGGCAACUCCAUGGUCAUUUAUGUCAUAUUCAGGUAUGCCAAGAUGAAAACUGCUACAAACAUUUACAUCUUGAACUUGGCGAUUGCGGACGAGCUGCUGAUGCUCAGUGUUCCCUUCUUGGUUACAUCUUCGCUGCUUCGCCACUGGCCGUUCGGCUCGUUUUUGUGCCGUUUGGUUUUAAGCGUGGACGCUGUCAAUAUGUUUACCAGCAUCUACUGCUUAACUGUCCUGAGCAUCGACAGAUACAUCGCCGUAGUGCAUCCUAUCAAAGCGGCCCGUUAUAGGAGACCUACAAUUGCCAAGAUGGUCAACUUGGGCGUGUGGAUGUUCUCGAUCUUGGUCAUUUUGCCCAUCAUCAUAUUUUCCACUUCUACACCAAACUCUGACGGCUCGGUCGCCUGUAACAUGCAGAUGCCGGAGCCGCAACGUCGGUGGAUGGCAGUGUUCGUGAUUUAUGCCUUUCUCAUGGGUUUCCUUUUCCCGGUGCUCGCCAUAUGCAUGUGUUACGUCCUGAUCAUAGCGAAGCUUAGAGUAGUUGCACUGAAAGCGGGCUGGCAACAGCGCAAGAAGUCCGAGAGGAAGAUCACGCUCAUGGUCAUGAUGGUAGUCACGGUGUUCGUGAUCUGCUGGAUGCCAUUUCACGUCGUGCAGCUCGUGAACGUGUUCGAGGAGCGACACAACGCCACAUUCAGCCAGCUGGCAGUGAUUUUGGGUUAUGCCAACAGCUGCGCUAAUCCCAUCCUUUACGGCUUUCUGUCGGACAAUUUUAAACGCUCCUUCCAAAGGAUUUUAUGCCUCAGGUGGGUGGACAGCGCCGCUGAGGAGCCCAUUGACUAUUAUGCCACGGCACUGAAAAGUCGGGGCUUCAGUGUGGACGAGUUUCAGCCUGACAUUAUGGAGUCGGACAGCGCGUACAGGAACGGCACGUGUACGUCCAGAACUACAACACUGUAGUGAGCUGAACUGGCGUCAGAAUGUGCUGACUAGAACAGAUAACACACAGAACAUGUGGUUGCCAUGACAUUUAUUUAUUUAUUUAUUUAUUUAUUUAUUUAUUUAUUUAUUUGUUUAUUUAGUGUGUGUGUGUGUGUGUGUGUGUGUGUGUGUGUGUGUGUGUGUGUGUGGAAUCAGCCAUUAACCUUUUUGGUCCCCUCUGUUUUACCAAAUCGGAUAAAUCAGGCUUUUUUUUCUGUAGAUACAUGAGGACAAUAAUGAAGCCUUGUAAUUGUGUUAGAUUAAUAACUCCUGUCGAUUACAGCCUGAUCGACACAACAGACUCUCAAAAAACUGAAACGUAGAAUAUUUAUAUAAUAAAGAGGCAUAUAAAGGAAAGGCAGACCAACCUUUUCUCUAACCCACUGUUGUCACUAUUAGUAAUUGCCACCAAAACAAUCUAUAUAAACAUGAAUAUUUAAUAUGA